ACCAUGGCAACGGCAUGUGUUGCCUUGGUCACAUGUCCUCAGAUGUCUCCUCUCAUUGGAGCUCUGUUGAAGCAUUCCAUGUUGUGUGGCUCUUCCUGUCUGAAUCAAGAGUUCAUUAAGGAAAUCAGUGAGGCCUUGAUCAGUAAGAGGCUUGUGUUGGAGGAUGAGGCCAUAGUGAACCUGUGGUGUUAUAGUCCCACCUGUCUGGAGGGGGCAGCAGUGAGCUUGCUGGAAUCUGUGCUCUCUGACCGUGAAACAAUGACACAGAGUCUGGACAAACAUGUUAAUGACUCAUUACUG